GGCCACUUCGGACUCCGGAGACGCCGCGCCCCGAGGCCACGCCCCGACCCACUUUGGUCACGUGGAGACGCGAUGAUCUAGCCGGGGAGCCAGGAUCACCGCAAUGGCAGCGCCGGCGCCGCCCGACCGUGGGGCGGCGGCGGGGAUGGGGAGCGGCGAGCACCUGCGCGGGCACGCCCACCUGACCAACUGCAUCCACCUGCGGCACCACCACGCGCACGGGCUCGGGGCAGGGAGCGCGUCGUCGGGCCGGAGGCGGAGCCCCACGGGGUCGUCCGCGUCCGCGUCCGCGUCGGCGUCGGCCGCGCUGAUGCGGGACCUGCUCGCGCUGCAGCGCUCGAGGUCGCUGCGGGACCCGUCGACCCGGCGCUCAGUGGAUUCGUCGUCGAAGGUCGCCGCCGAGCCCGAGGGGGGCGACGCCGACCCCCACGGCCGCUCCCGCCCCGGCGCGCUCAAGACGCUGCUCGACCAGCUCGCGGAGAACCCGCAGCCGAAGUCGUCUCGCCGCCCUCGCCGCCGGUUCAAGCGCGGCGCGGGUCGGCGCGGCGCUCCCGCGGCUGCCACCGGCGGGUCUCUAGAUCCCACCGUGGACGCUGCCGCCGCCGCCGCCGUAUCUGUGAACUCCAGCUCGCAGGAGGCCGUCUGUGGCAACAGGUACCUCUUCGGCGUCGGCGGAGGCGACGACGACGAGUGCGGGGAGGAGCUUCAGCGGCCGCAAUUGUCCCAGGACUCGCGCAACGUGUGCGGCAUCCCCUGGAACUGGUCACGCAUCCACCACCGCGGCAAAUCCUUCCUCAUGGCCGGCCGGAGCUUUUCGUGCGGCCUCUCCGACCCCAAGUCGGCGUCGGCGGCGCGGAGGUCCAUAGCCGCCACCUCCGCAGGCUCGUGCGGUCACAUGGACGGCUCGCGUUCGCAUCCGCAUUUCCCGGUCACCGCGAGGCUGACCUCGACCAGUUCGGACUCUGACUCACUGCCUCUGCUCGUCGACGGCGUGCGCAAUGGCAUUGGUGGCAUUUCCAGGAGCUUCUCGGGGGAGCUCGGGAUAUUCUCGAAUCAGACCAGCGAGCUGGAUUCUGAUCUCGCAUCGGAGGCACGGUCGGGGCAGAAGUCGCGGGGCUCGCAGCGUGGCCGGCACCGGAGCCUCACGCAGAAGUAUUUGCCCAUGACUUUCAAGGACGUGGUUGGGCAGAGCUUGGUGGUGCAGGCUCUCUCCAAUGCCAUUCUGAAGAAGAAGAUUGGGUUGGUGUAUGUGUUCUACGGGCCACACGGCACAGGCAAGACAUCGUGCGCUCGGGUGUUUGCAAAGGCUCUGAAUUGCCAUUCUCCUGAGCACCCGAGGCCCUGUGAUUCAUGUGCGUCAUGUAUCGCACACAAUCUGGGCAAGAGUAGGAACUUAGUGGAGAUUGGGCCUGUUGGUAACAUUGACCUUGACAGCAUUGUGGAUAUCCUUGAUAAUGUGAUGCUUUCACCCGCACCAACGCAGCACAGGGUGUUUAUAGUAGAUGAUUGCAAUACAUUGCCACCUGAUACGUGGAGUGUCAUAUCAAAGGUCAUCGAACGUUCUCCUCGGCGUGUGGUUUUUAUACUUAUCAGUCCCAAUCUCGAUCUCCCACAUAUAAUUGUGUCAAGGUGCCAAAAGUUCUUCUUUCCCAAACUGAAGGAGUGUGAUAUUGUCAACACUUUACAGUGGAUUUCCACCAGUGAAGGCCUAGAUGUUGAUAGAGAUGCCCUGAAACUUAUUGCUUCUCGGUCAGAUGGGUCACUGAGGGAUGCGGAGAUGACUUUGGAUCAACUGAGCUUGCUUGGGCAGAGAAUCUCUAUGUCGCUUGUUCAAGAACUUGUCGGCUUGGUUUCUGAUGAUAAAUUGGUUAAUUUGCUUGAUUUGGCACUGUCUGCUGACACUGUGAACACCGUGAAAACUUUAAGAGAUAUUACUGAAACAGGUGUUGAGCCUUUGGCUCUGAUGUCCCAGCUUGCCACAAUAAUCACUGACAUCCUUGCUGGCACCUAUGCAUUCACACAGGAAAGGACUCGAAGGAAAUUCUUCAAACAUCCGACCUUAUCAAAAGAUGACAUGGAAAAACUGCGUCAGGCCUUGAAAACACUCUCUGAAGCUGAAAAACAGUUGAGGGUCUCUAAUGAUAAGAUGACGUGGCUUACAGCGACUCUGCUUCAACUUGCUCCUGAUAAACAAUAUGUACUUCCGAGUUCAUCCACAAGUGCAAGCUUUAACCAGGGUCUGCUUACCUGCCCUGAGGGAGACAUAGCAAGGGGUGCUGCUAUAGAUCAUAGUAACAUUUUACCAAGAAAUGCUAAUCUGGGGGAUGGUUCUGGCAACAACGAGGCACGCACCCGCAGUGGAAAGGAACGUGGUGAGCAUACACCAGGCAGCCAUGCACUGUUGAAGGGUGCUACCAGAGUGAAUGAAGCAUCUAGAUACAGCAAAAGCGACAAUGAGAUGAUUUGGCAGGCUGUACUAGAGCACGUUCAAUCGGAUUCGGUGAGAAAGAUGCUUGCUAAAGAAGCACGGUUGAUUUCUGUCAGCCUAGGCACAGCACCAACUGUGCGACUGAUGUUCAGCUCUCGUGUGAAUAAAUCCAAAGCUGAGAGGUCAAGGGAACAAAUUUUACAUGCAUUUGAGUCUGUCCUUUCUUCUGCUAUAACACUUGAAAUCCGGUACGAACCAAAGGAUGAUGCAAGAGGAGGCCAUGCUCCAGCUAUUUCACCGUAUCCUGAUGACAGCGCCUCCAACGUGGCAUUAAGGAGGUCUUUCACUAAACAUAGUUCAGUUUCUUCCAGAGGUGAAAAUUUAAUUAGGAGGCUUCAAAAAGACAAUGCUGUCCAUGGUGUUAAUUCGAAUCAGAUGCGAUGGAUGCAAUCCGAUCCUCAUAUAUUGACCGAAGGUGAAAUUAUCGAAGUAGGACCUUCCCAAGUGGACUGGCAUGGUGAAUCAAAUAACAGCGCCGUUGCCACAAAAGAAAGAAGAGAUGAGGUUGAAUGGGAACAAGCAGCUUUCAUAACACAGGAUCAAGAAAACAUAGUUCUUCGAGGAGAAAAUGUGAAUAAUGAGCAUGGCCGACAAAACAGCAUAGUAAGGGGGAAGGUAUCUCUUGCUCAUGUCAUUAAUAAGGCAGAAACUUGUUCACAGCAGGGAGGUUGGUCUAGACAAAAGGCCAUAUCGAUUGCUGAGAAGCUAGAGCAAGAGAAUUUGAGAUUGGAGCCUAGGUCGAGUUUGCUUUGUUGGAAGGCUUCAAGCACUACUAGACGAAAGCUUUCUGCACUGAAGAUCAGGACACGAAAAUCGCGGGCUCUAUCAAGACUUGCAUUGUGUGGAAGGUGUAUUUCAACCAAGUCUCCCAGAUAAAACAUUGACGCAGAGACU